GGAAGCGCCCCGCGACCGGGGCCUGCAGCGGGCGGGAAGCGCCAAAUGGCGGCGGGGACGAAACGGCGCUGAGAGGGGAGGGGGAGGCACCGAGUGGCACCGGGACGGGACCGGGAUCGGAACCGGGACCGGGACGGAGCGGAGAGGAGCGCUCUCACCUGGCUUGGUGUGACCGCAGCCCCCCGCUGCCACCGGACCCCGGGGGAGGCCACCAGCCCCCCACGGCCUGAGCCCCGCCACCGAGGAGCGGCCAUGGAGGACGUGGAGUCGCGCUUCCUGCACCUCCUGCAGCCCAUCCGCGACCUCACCAAGAACUGGGAGGUGGACGUGGCCGCGCAGCUCGGGGAGUACCUGGAGGAGCUGGACCAGAUCUCCAUUUCCUUCGAUGGCGGCAAAACCACCAUGAACUUCAUAGAGGCAGCUCUGGUGAUCCAGGGCUCUGCCUGCAUCUACAGCAGGAAGGUGGAGUAUCUCUACUCCCUGGUGUACCAGGCGCUCGACUUCAUUUCCAAUAAGAAGCGGGAGAAGCAGCCCUGCUCCGUGGGGGAGGACGGCAGGGACGCCGACGCAACCUUCGGGACGGAGGAGGAGGAGUUCCUCUCCCUGGACGACAUCAAGGACAGCAGCCAGGGCAGCGUGGACAUGAGGAGGGAGCAGCAGCCCAGCGCUGUGAACAUUGUUCCCCUGACCCCGAUGUCUUUGGUGCCCCCGGAGGAGGCUGAGAAGAAGAACAACCCCCUGUUCAGCCACAAGGGCGAGGUGCUGGCCAGCCGCAAGGAUUUCCGCAUGAACACCUGCACCCCCCACGCCACCGGCGCCUUCAUGCUGGAGCUGGGGGGGCUCCUGCCCACGGGCCUGCAGGACUGGCACCACGAGGGGAGCGUCGCUGGAGCCGCAGGAGCCCGGUCCUCGGUCCUCGGCGGCGGCAGGGAGCCCCUGCACCUCGGCGCUGGUGCGACGCCCGUGCAGGCACUGAACUUCUCUGAGGAUGGAGGUGCUGCGGGGCCGGAUGACAGCAGGGACGACUUGCCCAUGGUCCCCGAGGACAACGUGGAAAUGGCUGCGGCUGCCGAUGAGCACAUCGAGGCGCAGAGGGGUGCACCCCAAGCCAAGGGCUACGCGCUGCGGGAGCGAGCCCCUGCCCAGGACCCCCAGGAACACAUCAAGAUGCUGGACCCGUGGCAGAGCCUGGACCCCUUUGGGGACUCCGAAGACAAACCCUUCAAGAAAGGGAGACCCUUCCUGGUGCCGCAGGGCCUGGACGACGUGGUCGGGAGCAAGAGGAAAAGGAAGGGGCCGAGGAAGCUGCAGGACUUCUUGAAGUGGUUCUCUGCCUCCUACAGCGACGCUGCAGACGGCAGGAGAACGAAGAGGAAGGGGCCGACGUUCGCGGACCUGGAGGUGCUGUACUGGAAGCAGCUGAAGGAGCGGCUGGCGGCACAGAGGAAGCUGCAGAGCAGGGCGAGGCCACCCUGGGUGCCGCCACUGGAGCGCGAGGAGGAGCCAGAGGCGCUGGAAGAGGAGCACGAGGAUGAUGACUUCAGGGGGGACGCUGAGGAAGGCCCAGAGGAUUUUCUGGAGCAGGAGGACUUCCAGCUGCACGCCCCGGAGCCGGCGGUCGAGGGAGACGUGGCACCACCCGGCCCUCUCCCAGGUCCCUGCGACUUGGACGCGCUGAGCUACGAGGAGCUGGUGAGGAGGAACGUGGAGCUGUUCAUCGCCAACUCGCAGCGCUACGUGCAGGAGACGGAGCUGUCGCAGCACAUCCGCCAGUGGGAGGAGAAGAUGGGGCCGCUGCUGCAGGAGCAGGAGGAACGGGCGGCCUUCGACAUCCACAGCUACGGGGACCGGCUGGCCGCACGCUUCGGGCGCCUGGGCGAGUGGCAGCCCUUCCGCAGCCUGGUGGCGGGGCUGCCGGCCUUCGAGGUGUGCCGCUGCAUGCUGGCCUCCCUGCAGCUGGCCAAUGACUACACGGUGGAGGUGGCGCAGGACCCGGGGCUGGAGGAGGCGGUGGACACCAUGCGGCUGCGGCUGCUGCGGCAGGGGCAGGCUCGGGAGCGCUUCCAAAACUACCGCGCCUCCGUGCUCUGCGACUGAACCCCCCCGGGUCCUGUACGGCCCCCCCGGGUCCCAUACAGCCCCCCUGAGUCCUGUACAGCCCCCCCUUGUGUACAGCUCCCUGCGCAGUGCCCCCUUUUUCAGCAAUAAACGCCCAGUUUCCAAA